CUUUCAACUCCUUUAAAUGAAAAGAGCCGAAUCGACAUCGACAGCGAGCGCGCGUGCUUUCUGUUUUUUUGGCGUCCAAUUUGGUGUGCCGGUUGCUUCUGCUGUCUGCAAGAACAAUGCUCCCUACCUCGUGUGGAAAAUAACAAGCCUGAAUAUCGGUAGAGGCGGUAGUACGAAACGCAACGCCAUCUCAUCUGAGAGCAAGGUGGCGAUGAAGAAAGAAGUUGCGGGAUGCAUGCAUACCUGAAAUUACGCUCUCAUAUGCAUUGAGGUCCACCUGUCCAGCAAAUGCAGAGGGUGCUGUUCCAUUAAAGAUACCAACACCGCAGUAGCUCCUGUACCUAUGAGAUGGAUAAAUUGUGAUCUGAAGUGCUCACCAGGAUCUGUGCAAGCCAUCGUCUGUUUGAAUUCCUAUUGUGCCAUCGAAGCUUCCAGGAACACCCAAGCCGAAGGAACACUGGACACACUCACACAAGCAAAAUGUCAUCUCGCUUCUCUUCAUACCCUCAGACCUUCUUACAGGACGUUAAUCUCGAGUAACACCUCUGCAUCCACACCGGCAAGAUGCCAUUUCAGUGUCAUUUGUGUCCUCAAAUCUUGUCUCACCGGAGUUCUCUGAACCGACACCUGCGCACCCACACAGGCGAGAGGCCAUUUGAGUGCCCUUCGUGCCCUAAACGCUUCUCAGAAAAGAGUAAUCUGAACAAACACCAGCGCACCCACACAGGUGACAAGCCGUUUGAGUGCCCUUCAUCCCUUCAUACCUUCUUAGAAAAGAGUAAUCUGAACAAACACCUGCACACCCACACAGGUGACAGGCCAUUUGAGUGCCCUUGCUGCCCUCAAAGCUUCUCAAGAAAGAAUCAUCUGAACCAACACCUGCGCUCCCACACAGGUGAGAAGCCGUUUGAGUGCCCUUCAUGCCUUCAGACCUUCUCACAUAAGGGUAAUCUUAACCGACACCUUCGCACCCACACAGGCGAGAGGCCAUUUCAGUGCCCUUGCUGCCCUCAAAGCUUCUCACAAAAGAAUGGUCUGAACCAACACCUGCGUACCCACACAGGUGAGAAGCCGUUUGAGUGCCCUUCAUGCCCUCAGUCCUUCUCAAAAAAGAGUAACCUGAACCGACACCUGCACACCCACACAGGCGAGAGGCCGUUUGAGUGCCCUUGCUGCCCUCAAAGCUUCUCACAAAAGAAUGAUCUGAACCAACACCUGCGUACCCACACAGGUGAGAAGCCGUUUGAGUGCCCUUCAUGCCUUCAGACCUUCUCACAAAAGAGUAGUCUGAACCGACACCUGUACACCCAUACAGGCGAAAGGCCGUUUGAGUGCCCUUCCUGCCUUCAGACCUUCUCACGAAAGUGUCAUCUGAACGAACACCUGUGCGCCCACACAGCCGAGAGGCCAUUUCAGUGCCCUUCCUGCCCUCAAAGCUUCACCCUAAGGAGUUCUCUGAACCGACACCUGCACUUCCACACAGGCAAGACGCCAUUUCAGUGCCCUUCGUGCCCUCAAAGCUUCUCACAAAAAAGUAUUCUGAACAGACACCUGCGUUCCCACACAGGCAAGAUGCGAUUUGAGUGCCCUGCGUGCCCUCAAAGCUUCUCAGAAAGGUCAAAGUUGAAGGCUCACAUCCACUUCCACACAUAAUGUGAGGGGCUGUUUCGGUGCCCUUCAUGUCCUGAGAAGUUGUCGCGCAAGUUUGCACUGAACUGACACCCGUGCAUGCACAGAGGCGAGAGGCCAUUCAGUGCCCUGUGAAUCAAUGUACGGGUUCCCAAGCCACUCCACAUAAGAAAUUGUUGAUGCAAAAAAAAAAUUCAAAGUGCACAGGUUUCAUAUGUAACCGUCGCGUCGGUGUGCCAUUUGUAAAAAGAAUAUUCUUUCCUGAGUACAUGUGCUGUGCAGCAGUGCUAAAUUGUACGCACAACUCAUUGUUUCUUGUUUAUCAUGUUUUGUCUUUGUUUUUUUCAUGGAAGUGCACGCACACGUACUUGUUAUUGCUCUGAAUAAAAUAGUUUGAAGUUA